AUGAGUAUAGAUAUAAUGUUUAGGUAUGCUGCUAACGAUUUUGAAGCUGGGGAACAUGGCGGGACCCAUAUCGAUGCACCCUAUCACUUUCAAGUAAAUGGAAAGCACGUAGGGGAUAUUCCUACAGAAAAACUAAUUGUUCCUUGUUUGAGUGCAGAAGUGGCGGAAUGGAUAACGUCAUCGUACAAAAAUAUCAUCGGUGUAGGUGUUGAUACAGCUUCUGUCGAUCCUGGGUCAAGUACGGGAUUUGACGCGCACAAAAUAUUAACCAAAUCGGGUCUUUAUAUGUUAGAAAAUGUCAAAUUAGACGAAAAUGUUCCCGACUACGGUUGCACUGCUUUGAUACUACCAAUGAAAAUUGCUAAGGGGACAGGCGCUCCUUUACGUCUUGUAGCAAUUUGUCCAAAAGUGACCCCGACUAAUUUUUAA